GUCUAUUUCACUCUCUAUAGUUUCUCUCAGGAGUCGGAUAGAGGCCCCAAAGGAAUCGAAUCGGAACCCUAAAACUGAAACGCGAACAAGAAGAAGUAGAAGACGAAGACUGAGCUCCGAUCAUGGCCUUCUCUUCCCGUCUCGUAUCCAAGUCCAGACAGCUGUGUGGCAAUGGAGUCGUUCUUCAACAGGAGCGUCUCAUUCCGGUUCGUCACUUUGCCAAGGAAGCAAAUCGCCCAGUGCUUAAGGGUGAUGAGAUGCUGAAGAACAUCUUCCUGGAUGUUAAAAAGAAGUUUGAGACGGCCCUUGGAAUACUGCGCAAGGAGAAAAUCACCAUAGACCCCAAGGAUCCAGCUGCAGUGUCUCAAUAUGCCAACGUCAUGAAAACUAUUAGAGAGAAGGCGGAUUUGUUCUCGGAAUCCCAACGUAUCCAACACACCAUCAAAACCCGUACACAAGAUAUCCCAGAUGCCAGAACUUAUCUGUUGACAUUGAAGGAAAUUAGGAUCAGGAGAGGUCUCACUGAUGAACUCGGUGCAGAGGCUAUGAUGAUGGAUGCAUUGGAGAAAGUUGAAAAGGAACUGAAGAAACCUCUUUUGAGGAAUGAUAAGAAAGGAAUGGCUCUUCUCUUGGCAGAGUUUGACAAAGUAAACCAGAAGCUUGGAAUUCGGAAGGAAGAUUUACCAAAAUAUGAAGAACAACUAGAACUCAAGAAAGCUAAAGCACAACUGGAGGAACUUGAGAAGGAGGCUCUUGAGGCAAUGGAAACUCAGGCAAAGCGGGAGGAAUUCAAAGAUGAGGCAAUGGUUGAUGUAAAGUCUUUGGACAUCCGAAACUUCAUCUAAGGAUUCGAUUGCUUUCUCUUGCUUGUUUUGAGGUCAACUCAAUGUUGUUAAGAUCUGGAGAACUGCCAACUAUUUUGGGGUAUGGGAAAUUUGCCCUCCUGUUUAAUAAGGCCCUAUUGGUUUCGAAUGCAGUUAUCUUGGUUUAUCAGAUUAUGUAAUUUUCUGGUUUUAUUACAUUGCCAGGUGAGAACUGGAAAUCUAUUGUCACUUAUUACAUCUACAGAGUUUAUUGCAUUAUAUAAAAGCCGCUUUUGACUAUUA